CCGCCGCAGAGAGAGCGAGAGCGGCCCCUGCCGCCGCCGCCGCGUCUGAGCCCCGCGCCCCCGCCGCGCCGCAGCGGCCUACGCGGAGUGGGAGGAUCCGCCGCCAGGCGGUGCCCGCCUCAGUUCGGUUCCUGUGGAAACCCACGGGGGCGGGGCGGAGCGGGGGGAUUUGGGCCUGGGAGCCGCUGCUGGGGCUCCGCCGCCGCUGUGCCUGGGGCUCGCCCCGCCCGACGCCGGGCAGCCCGCGCUGCCCCCAGGGUUUUCUAUUGCCACCCCCUCAUCAUGAUAGCUGAGCACCAUCUAUGAACAUUUCAUAGCAGUAAUUAAGUCCUUGGUGGACUUCAUGAAGUCUCUCAGGAUUAAAACUCUGCUUGGGGAAAGAUGGGACUCAUCCAAGAUUCCUGAGUAAUAAGAAUGGGUCCAGAUGUACCUCUCCUGAAUGAUUACAAACAGGAGUUCUUCUUGAAGCGCUUUCCACAGACUGUUUUGGGUGGUCCCCGAUUUAAAUUAGGCUACUGUGCGCCUCCUUACAUAUAUGUGAAUCAGAUCAUUCUUUUCCUGACACCAUGGGUUUUGGGAGGAGUAGGAACACUUUUGUAUCAGUUAGACAUUAUGAAAGACUAUUACACUGCUGCACUUUCAGGAGGACUGAUGCUUGUUACAGCACUUAUUCUCCAGAUGACAAAUCUGUAUGCAAGACAGAAAACAGUGACAGUAGAAAGAAUGCAAAUUCAGAAUACCCUAAGGGAUGAAGAUGAGUAUGAAUUUUCCAGCUGUGUGGGUUCAGAGACAGUUAAAUUUAUUAUUCCAGGCAAGAAAUAUAUAGUCAACGCUGUUUUUCAUUCCUUUCUUGCUGGGGUAAUGUGUGGGUUGGGAACUUGGUAUUUGCUGCCAAACAGAAUAACCUUGCUGUAUAGUAACAUUGGAGGAACUGUUGUGAUCUUUGUGUUUGGAUGGGUAACUAUUUGUAUAGGAGAAUAUUCUUUAAUCAUAAACACAGCUACAGAGACAGCUACUUUUCAGGCACUGGAUACUUAUGAAAUUACUGCUCUGAUGAGACCGUUCUAUAUUUUUGUCUUUAUUGCAGUGGAUCUUGCACACAGGUUUACUGUUAACAUACCAGUUUUAGAACAGACAAACCAGAUUUUGCACAUCAUAUUUCUAUUUUUGCCAUUUUUAUGGGCAUUGGGGAUUCUUCCCCCACUUGAUGCACUUUUUCUGUGGGGAAUGGAACAAGUGUUGGAGUUUGGCCUAGGAGGUUCACCCAUGUCAAGUAAUACAAGGUUGUUAGUAAUGUUUCUCAUUUCUGCUGGAACAGCUAUAGCGUCAUAUUUCAUUCCCAGCACUGUUGGUGUGGUUCUCUUCAUGACUGGAUUUGGGUUCAUACUCAGUCUUAACCUAAGUGAGAUUGGUCUAGCCUUCAAGCACACCAUGAUCAGCCAUUUAGCUUCCAACAAGUCUAAGUCCAGUGGCCCUAGGAUACACUCUGUGUGGAGGGAAUUCUUCUUCUAUUUGACUGUCUUGACAUUGGCUCUCAUAGAAGCCAGCUUGCUGCAUCACUUUGCUGGUUUUUCAGCAUUCUCCAAAGCCAGUCCCCAGGCUAUAGUGAGUUACAUUCUGAUCAUAUUACUUAUAGUUAUGUGGAUUCUUAGAGAGAUUCAGAGAGUGUACUUGUUUGGAAUCUUCCGAAACCCUUUUUAUCCAAAGGAUGUCAGGACUGUGACCGUGUUCAUGGAGACUCAAAGAAGGCUUAUGAAAGUUGGUGUUGUCAGAAGGAUUUUACUAACACUAGUGUCUCCAUUUGCUAUGAUAGCAUUUCUUUCAUUAGACAGUUCCCUACAAAGUCUCCAUUCUGUAUCUAUUUGCAUUGGAUUCACAAGAACCUUUAGAAUGGUUUGGCAAAAUACAGAGAAUGCCCUGUUGGAGAUGGUGAUUGUAUCGAUAGUGCAGAUGUUGCUAUUUAAUACCGAUGUGUGGUGGAACAGAAGCCUUGAUACAGGAAUCAGACUCUUACUGGCUGGUGUCAUUCGGGAUCGAUUACUUCAGUUGAUCUCAAAACUGCAUUUUGCUGCAGCUGUUCUCUUGACAUCAUGGACAGAGAAAAAACAACGUCGGAAAUCUACUGCCACCUUAAUAACACUCAACAUUGUUUUCUUCCCAAUUGUAUUGGCCUUCAUCGCUGUCUCUGCACUACUUUCUUCCCCCAUGCUGCCGCUCUUCACUCUACCAAUAUUUUUGAUUGGGUUUCCUAGACCUAUCCGAAGCUGGCCUGGACCUGUGGGUGCAACAGCAUGUGUUUGUUCAGAUACCAUGUACUACCAGCAAGUGGUUCCGAGUCUGGCCGCUGCACUGCAGUCUGCACUAGCAUCUGGUAGUCUCGGUCUCUCUUUACCUGGAUCACACUACUUGUGCCGUUUUCAGGACAGACUGAUGUGGAUAUUAGUACUAGAAAAAGGCUUCACAUACUGCUGUGUUAAUAUUAAGGGGCUAGAAUUGCAGGAAACUUCCUGCCACACUGCUGAAGCACACAGAGUGGAUGAAGUUUUUGAAAUGGCUUUUGAACACCAGGAGCAUGCAGAGACUUUCUCUCUCAAUCAUCAUUUUGGAAACAUUUUAACCCCUUGUACCGCUCUUCCUGUGAGACUGUAUUCUGAUGCCAGGAAUGUCUUGUCUGGAAUCAUUGAUUCACAUGAGAACUUAAAGCAACUGAAAGAUGAUUUCCUUAAAGUGCUUGUAUGGAUACUUGUCCAGUAUUGCUAUAAAAAAUCAAAAAUGUGUGAGAAGCUGGACAAAACAACCAAGAACAAAGAAGAGUCAUUUCCAUUAACCCAGCCCAAAGCAUUUGACAGUGCAGUAGAAAACCUCAGGCCCAUAAAGGAUGAAGAUAGCUUUAGUGUAGAUACAAUUGCAGAUUGGACUGAUGAUAGUGAUCUUUUUGAUCUUGACCCCAGCAGAACAAGAGAAAGAAAAGAAACUGAGCGAUUGGAAGCUGCACCGCGAACACUUUUGUCUGUUCCAGGGUCAGUAGAAAUGGAGAGCGCAGCUGGUGCUCUGCAAGAGACAGCACCUGAAGAUAAACUCUACAAAGCUGUUGUGCUUGGACUCCCUGCUGUAGACAAAGGAAAGAAGCAGGAAGUUGUAAGCUUACCUUUAGUUGAAUUUAGCUGCUCUUACUCUGAGUUGCUAAGCAUUCCUGAAGAAUGGAGAACUGCACCCAUACCUACUUCCAAACUCAAUGAGAUGAGGCAGAGGUUUCCAGAAGACUGGUACCAUUUUGUUUUGAGUCAACUGAAUUUUUUUCAUUUGAAAGAAAAACCUUCCAAUUUACUUGAAGACAUUACUAAAGACAAAGCUUUGAAAGAGUUGUACGUCCAUGGUGUAUUGUCUUGUUGUUUUGGUUUGUUUGGACUAGACAAUACAGUUCCUGCUCCUAGUCAUGUAUUUAGAGCGUACACUGGUGGCAUUCCCUGGUGUGUUGGUUUGGAUUGGCUAACUGGAAAACCAGAGCUGUUCCAACUAGCACUGAAAGCAUUCAGAUAUACGUUUAAGCUCAUGGUUGACAAAGCAAGCCUGGGUCCAGUAGAGAACUUCAAAGAGCUGAUUAACUAUCUGGAAGAAUAUGAAAGUGACUGGUACAUUGGUUUAGUAUCAGAUAUUGAGUGGCAACAAGCAGUUUUACAGGAAAAGCCAUAUCUUUUUUCUUUGGGACAUGAUCCUAACAUGGGAGUUUACACCAGCAGAGUGCUUACCCUUCAGGAAUUGUUAGUGCAGGUUGGGAAGCUCAACGACGAAGCUGUCCGAGGUCAAUGGGCAAAUCUGUCAUGGGAGCUGCUGUAUGCUACCAAUGAUGAUGAAGAACGCUACAGUAUACAAGCUCACCCAGUCCUUCUGAGAAACCUUACUGUGCAAGCAGCAGACCCACCGCUUGGCUACCCUGUUUAUUCAUCUGCAUCUCUCCAUGUGCCUUUGUUGUAGGCUGUUGACUUGUAAGGUGGUUUUUUUGUAUUUCCUAUUUGUAAGUAGGAAACCAAACACUAAUGCUGCAUUUGUACAACUAGAAAUAUGAAGAUCUCAUUGAGUGGCAUUGGAUGGCAGUUGCCAAACCAAGGAAACCUAAUUUGCACAGAAAAGGUGCUAGCUGGAGGCUUAGAAUCUGUUUUUUCACUGCUGGAACUACCUAAACCCCUUUCCCUGUGUGGCUGCCACACAUGUCUUGAUCUCCACUUCAGAGAAGAGAGACUUAGCUCUGGCCACUAACUGUUGUUGGUGCAUUUUUUUUUUAAAUAGCUUGACAGGUGACUUGCAUUCGUAGGCAGGUUACAGCUCAUUGUAGUAUAGUGAACUGUAGAGUUGGUAAGCAAAGUGUACAUAGGAAUAUUUAUAUGAAAUUUUUAUUCUGAUCAUUUUAUAUGUUGAUGUAUUUUGAUUUUUUACAACUUGUUAUAAUGUAUAACUUCAAAUCAUUUUAUUUAAUGUGUAUUACCAGCUGCCUUUUCACAAAGGAAGCCUUGGAGUGUUUCUAUAAAAAUGCACACUAGCUACUCCAGGCUUUCCCCUCCUCCAGUGUAAACAAACCAUUAUAGGGGCUGUAUGUAGGCAGGGGUGUAGUUCAGGAUGCAGGAGGGCUCCCCCUUGCAGUCCCUCCCCUCCCUCUCCCCGCAGCUCCCUCCUAAUUCCACCCCCAGCUUUAGCCCUGUGGAGGGCAACAGGGCACUGGACUUCAGCUGGACAAUCUAGCUGUGUAAAACUAUUACACUUGAACCUGUUUGACUGCCCAAGCCCUUCAGCAUGGCAGUCAGACUCCUCCACUUUCCUAUGUACUAACAGGAAGGAGAUGUUUUAGCAGGAGGUAGAGUCCUUGCUGACUUGGUGUCCAAGACAGCUGAGACAUUUAGAACUGACUACCUGAGCAGAACUCUGCUAAAAGGAGAGAGGGCUCAGCUGACAAUUAUUUCUCCCUUAUGUAAAGAGGGGAAGUGCCUUCCCCUAAACAAUGCAGGGCUAAGGGGAAAGCCACAAGCCUGCUGCAUCCCCUCCCAUCCAAACUGAUUAGAUGUGUGCACAAGUUAUCCAGCCCCAGUGCUGCCCGUCUAGAGUAGCCCUCACAAGCAAUAAACACACUUUCCCCCUUCGUAGCUUGGUUGAUAUUGGUCCUGAAGGUCAGCCCAUGGUGCAACCAGCUUAUGGGGCAUGAGGCUUUCAGGCUCCAGGAAGGGAAGAAUCUGGGCUGGUUGGUGGUGUCUGUAAGAUGUGAGAAUGGUGGAAAUAGGAUCAAGUAGUUUAUGCUUUGUAGCUACCCUCCAAAUACAGGGUAAACUCAUGGCAUCAGAAAGAUCACAAUAGAGUUCCUGUCCUCCUACUAUUGUUUUUAUAAACCUAAAGAAUGAAUUUAUGGAAGGUCCUGCAACAGUAAAGCAGAUAUGUUUACAGACAUGCUUUUAUUCAAGAAAUGUUCUUACAGUCACAUUAAGUUGCAUUUGUCAGGUUACAUGAUAGCAAAAAUGUAAGGAAUAAUUAAAAAUAUAAAGGCCUUAACUUGCAAAGAUUAAUAGAGGACAGAACUCCCCCAGCUACAGCUACUGCUUUGGUUUAGUGGGGUUCUGUGCAGGUUUCUCUUCAAGCUUUCUUCUUUUGAGAGUAGGAGACAUCAGCAUCCUGUAAUAAUGAGAACACACCACCUUUUAAUUAAUGUUUUCCUCCAUUUUCUGUUUCAUUUAGAUUUGGAAAUCCUUCACACAAGAUGGAGUUAAAAAAAAAUCUCAUUGUCAGCAUCUGAUCACAUACUGUUGUGGAGCAGGACCCCUUUAAGUGUGCACAUGAAACUUUUGCUGCUUGAGUUUAGAGUGCUUAACCUCUUGCUUAAUAUAGGUUUUUCUACCUAAAAUGAGGCUUUUGUCUCAGAUACAGCUUAAAUAUGUGACAAGCAAUACUUGCAAGGAAGUGAGAGAUCGUCAGCCUGUCUGAAUUCCAGAUAUAUUGCUCAAGUCACUUUAAAUAUUAUAGUAGUGACAGAGCAUAGUGCAGGCCAGGUCUCUAGCAGCUGCUCAGUAUCCAGCUCUGAACCUACAUUUGUGCACUGCAGACUAGAUACAUUUGAGGUGAAAUGUUUCAUCAUAAGUGUACUGACUUCACUGUUCUGCUGCUUGAACAGCAAUAACCCACGGGGCUGUAUAUUCUUGUGUAGUGUCCAAAUGUGGUACCAAGCACGGGGGAAGAUGAAUGGCAGACCCAGAAUGCAGCCUACAGAGAGAUGAAAGGAUAUACAGGAACACCCUGUUAGGUAUGGCUUACCACUCCACUCUUGAAGUUUUUUAUUCUUAUUUUGCCCAUCUUGUUCAUAAGCCACCAUGCCCAGGUGGGUGCAUAUUGCCAAAGGUAGCAGACUGCUAGAUAUGGGUGAUCGCUGAUCCAGGCUUCUUUCAGAUCAUUUACCGUGCUGACCAAUGUAAGCCGAACGCAGCGAUCAGUUGGCAUUUUGUGGGACUGAUCACCGGUGUUUUCUAGUGACUAGGAAGAAAAGAGGAAUGAUGAAAUGCUACAGAACUUUUGCCUGGAGAAAAAAUACUUCAUUUCCCCCAUCUUUGGAUUUCCUGUGUAUCCAUCAUCAAAGCAUUUAGAAUAUACAUAAUUUAAAACAAAAUGUCUGUCUCAAUGA